AUGACGGGAUCCGACGUAGAGGCUGGCGUUGGUGGUGAAAAUGGGAAUUCUGACUCCCUAUUUGAGGGGAAACGGUUCUGGCUAUCUCAGAAUGUUCCUCAGCGAAGCAGAUUUAAAGAGCUGAUUGAGCGGAACGGUGGUGUCAUCAAGCUUCAAGAAAAGGAUGCAGAUGUCAAAAUCGUGGAUGAUACACGAAAAAACCUCCCGUCUGACACAUACUCCUUCAAAUUUGUGGAAGACUCAAUCCGCAAUGGGAGACUGGCGGAUUUGGAAGCUUACAGGGCUGGACCUUCUGCACCCCGUCCUGUGGGAGCAACACAUAUCCCCAACAGAGCCCACAAGGUUCCGUAUACAAUAAGCGAUGAUCAAAUGCUUUUCGAUUGGCUGCAGCCUCUUGAGAAGAACCCCCGGGCUGCCGUUUCAGGCAAUGUAAUCUAUAAAGAAAUAGCUGAGAAGCAUCCCAGGCAUACUUGGCAAUCAUAUCGAGAUCGAUAUCUCAGGAGACUCCGUGGACGGCCUCGUCCGGGUGGUGGCAUGACAGCCUCCACGGAUCAAAGAUCUACUCCACCACAGAGUAAUGCCACAAGAACCCCAGUCUCCAGCACGACACCAGCAGUGUCAGAGGACAUACACAAUGGCAGACCUCCUGUUGCUUCCAGAGAACCAGAAGCCAAGAAGAGAAAGAGAGACCCCGAACCCGAUGCACCAGAGCGCACAGAAGCCAACGGCACCUCUGGUCCACCUCCAAAGAGAAUAGCACCAGUAACCCUUUCCGAACGCACCCCAGUCACUCAGCAUACAGUCCAUGAAAGUCCCACUACCAGCGCCUUGCCAGAUAUCCCUUGGCUACCAUCCCCUCCCCCCUUUCGACCGAUUGGAGAUGAACCAAAACCCAAGGGCAAAGAACAACCAUCUCCUGCACAAGCGCAGGUAACACAGCAACCACCAACUGAUCAACCAGACAGUAUUCCUAGCAAUAUCCUUCUCGAGCUGCCUUUCUUCCCAUCAAGUCCGGAAUCUCAAGAGGAGGCUUCCGAGCAAGGAGACAUCGAUACCUGGAUCGAGGACCGUCUUCGAACGGGGAAAGCGGCUAAUGAGGAAGAAGUGAUUGAAGCGCUACAGUGUACUAGUAUGGAUCCACGUUUAGCCGAUACGGUCCUAGGGUUUCUCCGUGAUGGAAGAGGUAUUCCGGAGAAUAUGCCUGGGGUGUGGACGCCCAAGGAUGAUGAGUGUGUGGAAAAGGGCGACUCUCGUGCCAUUGAACAGGUGCUGAAGAAGCAUGGCUCGGAUUCGUUCAAGGCGCGGUGGGAGUACCUGAGCAUGGCCAGGGCAGCAGGUGAUACAUGA